CAAUCGAUUGUAAACAUAACUUGUUAAAACAUCGGCGAGUGAAAGCUAUUUGAACCUUUAAAAUUAAAUAUAUAAUAAUACAUUUCAGUUGCAAAACUGCUCUAUUUAAUUUAAUGGAUCUAAAAGAAAUUCCAAUUCACUGUUUUAUUUUAGACCAUCUCAAGGUGACAGGUUAUAAAGACACUUUUAACUUAUACAAAAAAGAACUUGAAGAUAAAGGGAUUUUUUUUGAUGAGAACGAUUUAAUUAUACCAAAAAUAGACGUAGAAGGUAACGAAGAGGUUGAUUUAAUUCUUUUAAAAGCUUUUGAUAAUGGAAAUUUCAAGCUAUUUUGGAACCUAUGGGAAAAUAAUGUUGCAAAUAAGUUUAACAAUAAUGAAAAUGACAAAUGCCAAAAGCUUGAGUUUUCUAUUCAUUUAUAUUUUGCAGUUUAUAGCAUGAUCUACGAUAGUAAAGAAAAAAAUAUUUCAGUUGAAUUGUCCAUGUCGGAUUUUAAACAAUAUCUUGAAAAUAAAGGAGCUUUAUUAAGCCAAACAACAGAAUUUAUAUCAUUUUAUGCAUUGCCAUUUGUACCAAAUCCCAAAAAUCAUCCCGCAUUCAAAGUUUUGUUUGAAAAAAGUUGGAGAGAUAAUUUGAAAUCUGACUUAGAAUCUUUUUUAAAGUUUAUAUUUGAUGUCAAAACCAAAACCUACCUAAGUUUCAUGUUUACAAAAGCGGUUACUGAUGUAAAGAAUGAAAAAAAAGAUACAAGUGAAAUUCUAGAUGUAUUGAGACAUGAAGCUAAAGAACACGAGCUUAGAGCAAAAAGUUGUUUGGUAAAGUUGAAUAAACUAAAAGAAGAAUACUGCUGUUUAAUAGGUAUCUCUGCUGAGUUAGUUGAUUCAUUAGAACAGUGUAUUCGCGGUAAGAUGAUAACACCUGAGUACUUGGUAAAUAUAUGUGGACGUUUAUUUAAGAAGAGUGAAGAAAUAGACAUCACUAAACCUGGUCAUACUGGAGAUUUAAUUAGAAGUUCAUUUUCUAAUGAUUAUUUAAUUAAUACUAAUCUUUAUGAUGAUAGUUGCUUUCCUCUAGACUAUGUAAAAAUAAAGUCAGAUUUAGAGUCGCAAAUGUCAGAUCGGAAAAAAUGUUUUGUUUUACAGGCUCUUAUUUGGCGUUUAACGCGAGUUAAGUCAGCUGAAGUACGUGAGCAAUCUAUAUCAGCAUUUAUAUCAGCUGAUAUAUUUGGUUGUUCAAAAAGAUCAUCUAUUGAACCAUUUAUUAAAGUGAUAUUUUCUUCUUCUGAUCCAAUUGUUGUUGAGUAUUUAGCACGCUACAUCAACACGGUGGCAUCUUUUGCUGUUGGUCGACUUCACAUGUCUCAAUCAUCAUUAUUUAUAAAUGAACUGAUUGUAUUGAUACUUAAGACAGAGAGAAAUACACUAAUAAGUGAAAACCUGCUUGGUGCAUUACAAAAACUUAGCUUAAAGCGCAAUGUUCAAGAUUUAUUAAUUAAUUCAUCUAUGAUUGAAUGGCUAUUAUCAGGAUUAGAAGAACCAGAUAUGUUUUCAGAUUAUGCCCUUGAGUACGCAGUUGCACUUUUAAUGAAUUUAUGCCUAAGAACCAUUGGUAAAAAAAGAUGUGUUAGUAAUGCUAAAAAUCAUUUAAAAUUAUUAGUUAGUUUACUGUCAUACGAAAAUGUAGAAAUUAAGCCUUAUGUUAAUGGAACAUUGUACAGUAUAUUAGCUGUUCCCUCUAUACGUAAAACAGCUCAAAAGAUUGGUAUUGAAGACCAACUUAAGUUAUAUAAACAUAAUCAGCAAGAUGAAAGACAAAUUGAUUUUAUUAUUAAGCAAAUUAAUGUCAUGGAUGAUAUCAAUUUUAAUGACGAUGAUUUAGAGUCUGAUGGUGAAGAUGAUGAUGAUGAAGAAGGUGAUGCAAUUGAAGCUGAAAUGGAUAAAGAAGAAACUUUAAUUGCAAAAAAAGAUGAGCUGAAUGGUGAGGCUCUUUUAUCCUCUAAAUAUCUGAUUAAAAUGAAAAAUCCACAUUUAGUUUUAAAGAAAUCAAACGAAAAAGAUCAACCUUUGACAAGACCAAUAACUCCAGCUGCUAAAAAGCCAAAUAGAAAAAAGAAAAUUGAAAAUCCUGAAAGCUCGUCAAACGAUAGCUAUAGGCGUAAGCUUCAAGAUGAACAAUCUCAACUAGAGGUUUUGAAACCACAAGCUAAAACAGAAAGGCCUCGUACCCAGUCUGGAAAAAAAGUUUAUAGCGACCAAAAUGAACAGAUAAAAGAACAACAGAAAAGUAAGCCUUUAUCAAAAAAUUAUAAAGAAGCUUUUGCAUCACGACCAAAAGUUCCAAGGACUCCUGAAUUUAAUAGUAGUAAUUCAACAACACCACCUCUUACUCAAUCAAUAUCACCAACAAGACAGUUAUCUGGAAAAAAUUACUCAAACAUAUAGUGGCAAAAUAUAUAAGUUGUGUAACUUAAAAUAUAAAAUUAAUUAAAUAAUAUAUAUAAAUAUAUAU